AGCAAGUAGUUUACCAAAUUGGAGGAAAACUAUGCCUCUGCACUCGCUCUACUACUCUUUGUUGCUUUGUGGGCUUAUUAUGAUCCUUGCCUUUUCUUUGAAAGAAGCAGCAGUAGCAACACCUACAAGAGGCUGCUCGGAAGUGGAACGGGAUGCCCUGCUCGACUUCAAAACCAACGUCAAAGACCCUUCCCACCGUUUGGCCUCCUGGUCUCCACAGAUAGACUGCUGCAAAUGGAGUGGCGUCGUAUGCAAGACGACCAACAACGCAACUUUGUUCGGAGGCCACCGUGUGGUGGAGCUCAACCUUCAAAAUCCAAAUGUUGAUAAUGAGCAAACUUUCCAUACGGCUCUGCGAGGUGAGAUACUGAGUCCUUCUUUGUUGAACUUGACUCGGUUAGAGCGGUUGAAUCUAAGUUGGAAUGACUUCGAAGGAGCUCAAAUUCCACAAUUCAUGGGCUCUUUUUUGAAUCUCAAGUAUCUUGAGCUUUCUUGGUCCAAUUUUUCUGGAGUCAUUCCUUUUCAACUUGGUAAUCUGUCGAGCCUUUAUCAUCUUGGACUGCAGUCAGCUAGAUGGCUUGCGACUCCAAUUGCCCAUCGUUUGGAUUGGCUCUCAGGACUCUCUUCUUUGAGGUACCUCGACCUUAGCUAUGUGAAUCUCAGUACAGUCUCUCAAAAUUGGUUGUCGGACGUCAACAUGCUCCCUUCCCUACGAGAACUCUAUUUGGUCUAUUGUCAUCUUAAUAACAUCCCCUCUUCAUUUAAUUCUCAUCUCAAUCUCACUUCUCUAGAAAUUCUUGACCUGGAAGCCAAUCCCUUCUACUCCUCCUCCUUGCCCAAUUGGUUGUGGCGACUCACUAAUCUCUCAUUGCUUAGAAUUGAUGCUUCAGGACUGAUACCUGCUGGAAUCAGCAACUUAACUAGACUAAUUCAACUUGAUAUUUCUGGCAACAUAUCUAGUCCCCUACCUGUUGAAAUCUGGAGUCUGAAUCAUCUAGUACUACUUGACCUUAGUGACAAUACAAUGCUAACAGGUCAUAUACCCGCAGAAAUUGCAAAUUUAAGUAGUCUACAAUCAUUAUUUCUUUCUUAUUGUUCACUUAAUAGUCAAAUACCUUCUGAAAUGGGAAACUUGAAUAGUCUAACAACACUCCACCUUUAUUUUAAUUCACUUUCGGGACCCAUACCUAGUGAUAUUGGGAACUUGACUAGUCUAAUAAGUCUUGACCUUUCUUAUAAUUCACUUUCGGGUCCCAUACCUAGUGAGAUUGGGAACUUGACUAGUUUAAUAAGUCUUGACCUUUAUUCUAAUUCACUUUCAAGUCUCAUACCUAUUGAAAUGGGGAACUUGAGUAGUCUAAUAAAUCUUGACCUUUCUUAUAAUUCAUUCUCGGGUCCCAUACCUACUGAGAUUGGAAAACUUUCCAAGUUACAAGUUUUAUUUCUUUACAAUUGUUCACUUAAUGGUCAAAUACCUUUUGAAAUUGGAAACUUAACUAGUUUAAUAAGUCUCGACCUUUCUUAUAAUUCACUUUCGGGUCCCAUACCUACUGAGAUUGGAAAACUUUCCAAGUUACAAGUUUUAUUUCUUUCCAAUUUUUCACUUAAUGGCCAAAUACCUUUUGAAAUUGGAAACUUAACUAGUUUAAUAAGUCUCGACCUUUCUUAUAAUUCACUUUCGGGUCCCAUAGCUAUUGAGAUUGGAAAACUUUCCAAUUUGAAGGAUUUAUACUUAAGGGGAAACUCUCGAAUUACCAUUUCCUUAGACUAUGACUGGAUCCCUUCUUUUCAAUUAGAAAGGCUUGACUUGGCAUCUUGUACAGCAGUGGGUCCUAGGUUUCCACAAUGGCUCCACUCACAGAAAUCCAUGUCUGAGUUGAGUUUGUCCAAUACAAGCAUUAAUGACAUCCUACCUGAUUGGUUUUGGAAUUCAUCUUCUUCCACCUUUUCGGUUAUUGAUCUCUCUCAUAAUAAGCUUAGGGGUACUUUGCCAUCAUCGAUCGAGGUCAUACGAAGCCUUGAAUAUAUAAAUCUACGUUCUAAUAAACUGGAAGGACUUGUUCCUCGUUGGACACUUCAAAUCUGGGCCCUAGACCUAUCUUUUAAUGAUUUUUCUGGGCCUAUACCAUCAUCAAAAAUUUCACCAUCCUACUUAAUCCUUUCGAAUAAUCAUUUCAAUGGGUGCAUACCAUCUUUCAUUUGCAAAUCGGAGCAAUUAGAGGGUUUGGAUUUAUCCUACAACAAAUUAUCCGGAGAGAUACCCAAGUGUUGGCAAGAAGCAAAUAUGAACCUUUACUUUACUCACUUGGGAAACAAUAAGCUCACCGGUGAAAUUCCUAGCUCCAUUGGAAACUUGAUUGGAUUGGUGUCUUUGCAUUUGGACAAUAAUGAUCUCAGUGGACAACUUCCAAUGUCAUUACAAAAUUGCACUAAACUACGUGUCAUUGAUCUCACGGCCAACAACUUUUUAGGAAGUAUACCUACAUGGAUGGGACAAAAUUUGCAACAAUUGACUAUUCUUAUAUUACGGUCAAAUAUGUUUUCUGGCAUUAUUCCUUCAAAUCUCGGAGAACUGAGCAAGCUUCAUGUUCUUGACCUUGCCAAUAACAAUUUAAGAGGGUCUAUACCAUGUUCCUUUGGCAAUUUCAGUGCAAUAAGAUUGACAUCAAGAGCAACCGAUGACACAAUUUCAAUUGAAGGAUCAAUCGAUGGUUUUGAAUACGGAGAAAGUGAUAGUGUAUCAAUAGUUACAAAGGGAUAUAAAUAUAGAUUUUCAUCUAUUCUCUAUUUGGUAAAGAUUAUAGAUCUUUCAAGUAAUAGUCUUACAGGUGAGUUUCCUACGACAUUAGGAUCUCUUGUAGGACUUCAAACUUUGAAUUUGUCAAGGAACUUUUUAAGAGGCAGGAUUCCAGAUACUAUUGGUGGAAUGAAGUCAUCGGAAACAUUGGAUUUAUCUUUCAACAACUUAUCAGGCGUUAUUCCUCAAGAUUUGUCAAAAUUGACUGCUUUGGACCAUUUAAAUCUUUCUUACAAUAAUUUGUCAGGGGAUAUUCCUUCCGGAUUUCAACUUCAAACACUUCUAGAUGCUUCCAUUUAUAUGGGCAAUGCUUAUCUUUGUGGGGAUUUGAUUAAUAAAAGUUGCUCUAAUGAUGUCGACAACAAUGUGACAAAGGAAGAGUUGCAAAAGAGUAAAUCACAAAUAUUUCUAUCAAUUUACUUUGGUGCCUCACUUGGUUAUGUGAUUGGAUUAUGGAGUGUGUUUAUAAUCCUACUAUCCAAACACAAUUGGAGGAAUUUGUAUUUUCAUUUGAUUGACAAAGUUCAUGUACCAUUAAUUUAGGGUAACUAAAUAAUGUUUAGGCAAACUGUGGGACAAAAUCCAAGUUAAUAUCAAUGUAACUAUUCAGAUACUUAAUAUAAAGUUAAUAGAUGUUGGUGCAAUAUCCCUUAGGUCAAGGUUGACUGGUUUGACCAAGCUUGAGGCUUGGUCAUAGUUUCGAUGUUUGACAAUACAUGUAGACACAUGGACAAUGCAUGUGCAGUUGUUCA